AUGGCGAAGAUAUUCAUACAUAUUGUCUUUCUGAUCGUGUUUCUUGUGGAAUUCAACGCAAGCAUUCCAUCGUUUGCGAAUGUUAAUCGAGAUAUUUCGAUGAAAUCUAAUCGACUUGCACGUUAUGCUAGCCCAUUAUACAAUGCGAUGAGAUAUCCAUCGAAUUAUCAGUACCAGGGAAAUCAUUACCCGACUUUGUCUGAGCAAGACGAAGCUGAACCCGAAACAUUUUAUGUUAAAAUGGAUAUUGAUUCAAACGAAGAUACAGAUGCAGAUCUGGAUACAGAAACGAAAUAUGUGAACAUUAUGAUCGAUACAAAACCACGUGUUUAA